GGCUUUUUUCUCCACCAGAAGUAAGUGAUCCAUUUCGUACCUGCGCGCACCUACGGCCCACGGCUGCGCCUGCUCUGUUCGACAUCUUCGCGUCGAACGAGUGUCAUUCAAGGGAUGCUCUUCACACCGCUGUACGGGAGGGAGCUGCUCUUCCGAUGAGUAAGAAGUUGCCGUAGCUCAAAUCCCACGAGACACGUCGUGUUAGCAUUUUAUUGUGCAGGCGCCGAGGUAGAGGAGCUCUUGCACAGACGAACUUACUCAUCUCCACCCGUCCGAAAGCUGGUUUCUGUGGGUGCAGCGCCGUGGCAACCACACUCGCCUGCCAAUGCGCAGAGUUCAAGUGGUGUAGCUAAGACAACAGUGGAGGCCUGCCUUCAAAAGUGCGGUCAACGCAGGGAUUUACGAGUUGGACUUAUUGGUGCCUCAUCGUCUGAAAGAAUCACUGAAGUGUAGAGUUCAGAACUUAGUGCAGGAUUUGUGCUCGCAGCGUGCUUCCUCACUCCCCUGGAAGCAAUUGGUGGGCAUUUGCACUUCUGCCAACGGCUCGACGUCAGCUCACUUUAAGGUCUUCUUGGACCGAAGUUGAGAGGUCAAAAAUAUCGAGUGGUUCAAGGCUCUCUCAUCUCAGCAGAGCACAUUCUACGAAGAUGCAACGCAAUGCCACAGAGUGAAUUGAUCGCUCCCAUUCAGACAUGGCGUACGAAGGAUUAAUGGGAAGAGAAGACAGGGGUGUUCAAAAUGUGUGGUAGUAGUGUAGUUUGAAUGCAGGUUUGGGUAGAAGGCAGCCGUGGGGGCUGGGCCUGGGGCCAAUCUGGAGGAAGCAAAGUAUGUUUGCGUUCAAGGAGAAAUUCCCCGACUGGAAGGAUUUCCCUAAUGGAUUGCGGGUUCUUGUUGUCGACGAAGACACCAAAGUGCUCAAUGAGAUUAAGUGCAAGUUGGAAGGUUGUCAGUAUGUCGUCUCGGCUUUCACUAAAGGAGAAGAUGCCCUUGAAGCAUUGCGAGAUCAGCAGAACAUUUUUCACGUGGCGCUGGUGGAGGCAAUGACGGGCGAGGGCUUCAAGAUACUGGAAGUUGCAAGACAUUUGCCUACAAUAUUGAUGUCCAAUACGGAAAACAUGGCCAUCAUGAUGCAGGGAAUUGCGCUUGGUGCAGCGGAUUUUCUUCAAAAGCCACUGUCUGAUGAGAAGCUUCGGAACAUUUGGCAGCAUGUUGUUCGAAAGGCUCUCAACACAGGUGAUCCUCUUCUGAUGGAGUCCCUCGUACCUGUUAAAGCAGCUGUGGAAUCCGUGUUUUCGCUUUCUCCCUCCCCAGGUCGAGUCAAAGCUGAGCCUGUUUCAAGUCCAGGUUCUGAUGGGGAGUCGAAGUCGAAGGAUAUGGAGUGGGUUGCUGGGGUGACGAAAUCUCCUUCAAGCGGAGAUGCAGCAGUUUGUGAGAGACUUCCUGCACCUUCAACACCACAGUUGGAGCAAACAGGGAGGAUGAACUCGCAAGAAGAUUCAGUGUCAGAGUCACCUGGGUCUGAUAGCUUUGUGCAAGUGAAGACCGAGGGUGAGGAUCCGGAACCAGAUGCUGCCGCAGGAAAGCCAGCACCUUGCACAGAAGUGAAAGUUGAGGAUCAUGUGGAGGCUGUUUCUGAAUCUUCUCAAUUAGACAUCAAGCUUGAAGAUUAUCCUACUGUCAUCAAGCUAGAAUUAGAUGAUAAUAUAGAUGAUAUCGGUCUCAGCAAUGGCAUUGUGGUAGAUGGUGAUGGUGGGUCUGGAUUAGACAUCAAUCCUUGCCUCCUAGUACCUCUCCCCGAGUCCGCUCUGGAUAUGCACAUGAAUAUUGAGGCUUUGGAUGCCGGAGAAGUUCACGACACUGAGAUUGGGGAAGAGGAGGCCCUUUUGCUUGCAGAAGUCGCGAAGGCUGGAGCCGAAGGCCUCGAACGAACCCCUUCUAUGAAUUGCCUUAGCGUUGACAGUGGAGAUUGCAGCAGUGGAGAAAAGAAGGGUGAGGGUUGCAAAGUAAAUAACAAGGCUACGUCAGGAAGAAGGAAAAUGAAGGUUGACUGGACCCCUGAGCUGCAUCGGCGGUUUGUCCAGGCAGUCGAACAACUCGGAGUUGAGAAGGCUAUUCCAUCUCGCAUUUUAGAGCUCAUGGGAGUACAGUGUCUAACUCGUCACAAUAUUGCCAGCCAUCUGCAGAAAUAUCGAUCUCAUCGAAGGCAUCUUUUGGCGAGAGAAGCUGAAGCCGCGACUUGGCAUCAUCGCAAACCAAUUGAUCCAAAUGUCUGGGCUAGGAGUAGACGGGAUGGUACUGCGUGGCUGGCCCCUCAUCAUACGAACCCUCCACCAAUUCAGCCUCGCCCACCAAUGGGUCUCACGCCUAUACAGCCGCAUCCAGGUGCUCACUGUCACCCCAUGGGACCGCCGAUGCAUGUUUGGGGUCAUCCUACGAUGGAUCACACCGCUGCGCACAUGUGGCAGCAGCCACAAAUGGCCACACCAACAACAUGGCAAGCACCUGAUGGAUCGUAUUGGCAGCAUCCGUGUAUUGAUGCUUGGGGUCAUCCAACACCUGGUCCGGGAACUCCGUGCUAUCCACAGCCAUACAGAGUUCCAAUGGCUCCUAUGCCGGCGUUCGCGUCACCCAUGACAACUGCUGCCCUUGCAGCCGACAGCUAUUUCGCUGAUGAGUCGAUGCCUAUACCCAUGUACCCCACUGCACCCGAUGACCCGGAAUUGACUGUCGCGGCUGGCGCUGCGGCCAGCAGCAAGCCUUCAGACUUCCACCCGCCAAAGGAGAUUCUGGACGCCGCAAUCAGUGAAGCUUUGGCCAACCCGUGGACACCGUUGCCACUUGGUUUGAAGCCUCCCUCUAUGGAGGGUGUGAUGGCUGAGCUCCAGCGGCAGGGAAUCAACACAGUUCCACCUCCUCCCCUCACUUCGUAGCGUAUAUAACGUAGUCAUUGUUGUGACUUCUUCACUGCCCGCCCAUUCGAUCUGCAGUAUCUAGCUGCAGGUCUUCUCGUUUAUCGCGCAGGCUGUCCAUGAAACAUGCUAAAUCCCGAUUAUUUGGCGACAACUCUUCCGUUCCUUGCUUUCUACUUCACCAUGGAUGGGACCGAACCGCUGUUUUGGGGCCUAAGAGCUAUGAAGCUUUCUUCCUUUCCAGUGCGUUUAGAUCGAGAUAGUUCCCACCAGUUGUAAUGUAAACAACCUCCUCUUCCUUGAAAGAGCCACAGCCACUGCAUAAUAUUUGCAGGCAUUGCUGAGGCACUGGCAUGCCUAGUUUGUAGGGAUUACAAAUUGUGCCAACGAUUUUGUUGUAGAACAAGAACCACUCAGUCGGGGAAGAGAAAAAGGACGUUCAGAUACCUUUCCCAUUUUUGGAAUAUGGUUCAUUAUCAAUCAACGUUUGUUGGAAACGAUAGGCAAGACUAUAAUGCAAGUCUGCACGAUCUUGUUAUUACUGAGCUCGACGGCUAAGGGUUCCCCUUCCAAUGUAAAGUUAAACGUGGUUUGAACUCGGCCUGGUCGACCUGACCUGUCUGUCAAGUUAGUAACUUUGCCAUGUCUAAAUCGGCAAAGUACAGAGCAAAUGGAAAUAAAGUAAGGAUCUC